AUGACAGACAGCAGUAAUAACGAAGAAAGAGCUAUGCCAGCAUCAUCUCUUUCAUUCUUAUCUCAAUUGAACUGGGUCUAUUUAGUUGGCUAUCUAUUUGCAGCCGCUGGUGAUAAUCUCUACGGUUCUUAUCGAUAUGCUCUUUUGAAAAGUUACGGCAUGAGUCGUUCCAUAAUUGAAGUGAUGUAUGUUCUCGGAUAUGCAUCAUCAUUGUUGUUUGGUACUGUAGCUGCUUCACUUGCUGACGUAUAUGGGCGUCGUCUAGCAUGCAUACUUUGUGCUGUAUUCUUUAUUAUAAUGAGUGUUUUACUGAAUAUUCCUAUCGUGUGGGUUGCCCUGAUCGCGAAUCUAGCAUGGGGUGUAGCUCAUGCUUUUCAUGCUACUGCAUUUGAGGCUUGGCUGAUUCAAGAACAUCGAAAUCGCCUGCUUGGUGAUCAAAUCUUAGCGCAAAUUUUUCAACAUGCAUAUGUUGGCACUGGGAUUGUUUCAAUUUUUAUGGGUAUUUCAGCUCAGCUUUUGGUUGAAAUUAGUAGCUAUAGGGCUCCAUUCAACUUGAGCAUUGUUUUUUUUGUCGCGAUGAUAAUCUUUGUAUGGAAUUUUUGGCCGGAAAAUUAUGGAAAUAAGAAAGUGCAACCUACAACAACUUUUACUUCGGCUUCUGAAGCCAUUCGAGCUGAUUAUCGUAUUGUUGUUGUUGGAAUUUGUUCGGCACUGAACGAAGCGUCAAUACAUAUAUUCAUCACAGAAUGGACUCCAACACUGAAUCAUGCGAAUGGUUCUAUUGGUGCUAAAGAUUUACCAUAUGGUUAUAUAUUUGCUAUUUUUAUGGCUUUUGACAUGAUUGGUUCGUUGGUAUUUUAUCCACUUGCUAAACGAAUUCAGGUUCAAUCAUACAUGAUAAUAAUUAGUGUGCUGACAUCGAUUGUAGUUUUGAUACCAGUACUUGUUCCAAAAUCAUUCAUUAUCAUACUAAGCGCUUUUGCAAUAUACGAAUUCUGUAUCGGCCUUUAUCGUCCAUCGAUGGCGAUACUAAGAAGUGUAUAUAUUCCAAAUGAAACCCGUACAACGAUCAUGAGUUACAUGCGUGUACCACAACUUAUUUGCACCAUUAUCGUUUUGUUGGGUCAUUUUCCACUAUCUACCGUAUACAUACUGUGUUGUGUUUUCAAUGUGUUAGCACUGAUUUGCAUGAUUACUCUACGCACAGCGCCAGUGCCUAAUAGACAUGAAAAUAUGGACGAGAGAGAAGCACUUCUAGAUGAACCGCCUUCGCCUUUAUUUCAAGUGAAGAAAUCUCCAAUACGAGUGUCGUCUUCAGCAUCACUGAUACCUCAGGACGAUAUAAAUGAAUCAACUCAUACAAAAUAA